AUGCCUAGUCACCGGCGCAAAGUCCCACUUCUGCGUCGCAUGCCCCAUCAUCCCUUUCACGCGCCCACAGGCUGGCAGAGGUCAGUACGCCCAUGAUGCGUAAAUCGUCCAUCAUGGCCGCAUGAACGAUCAUCUUAUCGCACCGCCACAGGUCUGGGCUCACUUCGGCGUCGAGCAACCCUACGGAGCUGCUUGUGGUAUCACCUUGAGUCCCGAUUUGCAUGCGAUGUACCAGCGCUACGCCUUUUCCUUCUACCCCAACGGAGUAAGUGUCUUCGAGCUCUCUCGCUCUCCUACUGUAUGCUCAUGCAACUCCCCCUGACGAUCCCAAUUCCGGCCGCCUGCCCACAGGACGGCCGAUAUACUCUGCAUUUUUUCGAACCGCAGUGCGACAUAUACCACCCCUUCCAUGGGAAGGAGAUCCCUCGCGACGCGUUCCGCACCGUCAAUGACUAUGAAAUUCCCUCCGACGAAUAUUUUCGUUGGCAUUACGCCCAGUGCGUGAUGCUUCACGUCCGAGGCAUCACGGUCGACCAGUGA